UGCGCCGCCCUCGCACCCUACUCGUUCAAGAACGUACACAACCCCCGUCAAACCUAUACACGCAUCAAACACAACCCAACUCUACAACUUCCCGACCGACUGCCGUGCCCUUGCGCAACGUCCCCCACAAACCACCUCUAAUGACGACCAUCGAGAACCUCAAGACCAUCGACCCCUUCGCGGAUGCGGACGAGGGCGACACCAACGACGCCGCUGCCACCAAGCAGAGCCAGAGCUACAUUCACAUUCGUAUCCAGCAGCGCAAUGGACGCAAGACCCUCACCACCAUCCAGGGCCUUCCCCGCCGCUUCGACCAGAAGAAGAUUCUCAAGGUGAUCAAGAAGAAGUUUGCGUGCAACGGUACCAUCGUUGAGGACUCGGAGAUGGGUGAUGUCAUCCAGCUUCAGGGCGACCAGCGUAAGGCUAUUCACGAAUUCCUCAUCGACAAGAAGGAGGGUCUGGAGAUGGAUGCCAAGAUGAUCAAGGUCCACGGCUUCUGAGGAGCUCGCGCCUCGGAACACAUCUACCGCUCGCUCCGCUCAAGUGCCGACUCCCCGCCCGAACCUGGAGAUCUGUCAUCAGCGCGAUGCCAUCAGUUCGCAGAUUCGAGGGGCCGGAGGCCUGGGCGGAGUUGGAGAUACCCAUACUUUCUGUCUUUUCGGCGCCGUUCAUUCGGAGUGUUGCUACAUAUGUCUUAGAUUGGUUGCAUGGGUCCUGCCCAGCCGUCAUCAACUUUGCUAGCAUGCUGAUGCUG